ACAAUGGAGCUUUUAUUUAUGCUUGUUGCUUCUUUUACCCUUUUCUUCUUUCUCUUCCUCCUCCAUGGCUUCGACCUUCACCGUAGAAGGAGAUUACCUCCGGGACCUGUCGGCUUCCCCAUCAUCGGAAAUCUCCUUGACAUUGGUUCAAAACCCCAUGAGUCCCUAGCCAAACUCUCCCAGAAACAUGGUCCACUUAUGACCAUCCGAUUGGGCAGCAUCACCACCGUGGUGGCCUCCACACCUGAGGCUGCCAGAGAAAUCCUCCAACUGAAUGACGAGGCCUGCUCCGGCCGUGUUGUCCCAGACGCCGUCACCACCUUACAGAACUAUGACAUGGCCGUUUUAUGGAUCUCAACAAAUGAAGAGUGGCGGUCCAUCAGAAAAGCCAUCAACACAUAUCUCACCCACCAACACAAACUCGACACCGUUUCCGACCUUCGACAGAAAGUGGUGGAUGAGGUGCUGGAGUUCCUUCGGGAGUCUGGCAGGAAAAAGGAGGCGGUGGAUAUCGGAAAGUUGGCAUUCGCGGUGGCGCUCAACCAGAUGUCCAAUACAUGCCUUUCACAGAGCGUGGCCAGCUAUGAUUCCGAUGAUAUCGGAGGUUUUAAGACAGCCGUAAAGACAGUGAUGGAGGUGGACGGAAAGUUUAACAUAGCAGACAUAUUUCCGGUGCUGAAGCCAUUGGAUCCUCAGAACAUACGGCGGAAGGCGAAGGCAGCUUAUGGUUGGUUUGAKGAAGUGACAGAAGGGUUUAUAAGCGAGAGGUUAAAGCAUCGAGAGUUGAAGCUUCCAAGGUUGGGUGAUAUGUUGGAUUCACUGCUGGAUUACAGUGAAGAUGAGGAAGCCAACUUCAAUCUCUUACAUAUAAAGGCUUUACUUGUGGAUCUAUUUUUAGCAGGAACAGAAACAAGUUCAAACACAACAGAAUGGGCAAUGACUGAAUUGUUGCUAAACCCUCAUAUGUUCUCAAGACUCCGCCAAGAAGUCCAAACAAUAGUGGGAGAAGAUGGAAACAUUCAAGAAUCCAAAAUCCUCAACUUGCCAUAUUUGCAAGCUGUCAUCAAAGAAACAAUGCGACUUCAUUUAKCUGUACCUUUYUURGUGCCUCACAGAACAGAGACUGAUGUUAAACUUGGUGAAUACAUYGUGCCCAAAAACACCCAGAUUUUGGUGAACGCUUGGGCCAUAGCACGUGAUCCAAGGUACUGGGAAAACCCAUUGACGUUUAUGCCUGAGAGGUUCUUGGAAAACAAGAUCGACUACAAGGGACAACAUUUUGAGUUUAUACCUUUUGGAUCGGGUCGAAGAAUGUGUCMUGGAAUGCCUUUAGCUCAUAGGGUGGUGAGUUUAAUGGUGGCAUCGUUUGUUUAUCAUUUUGAUUGGAAGCUUCCAUAUGCUAGAGAAGAAAUGGACAUGAAUUGCAUAUUUGGAGUUUCGUUAAUCAGGGCAACAUCUCUCGUUGCUWCUCCGAUAUCYGCCAAAUAA